AAUAGCGAGGGAGCGGUUGACAGCUGCUGGUUGUAUGAAGUGGUUCGCCAGCAAAACAACAAUAAUUGUGCAGAGAUGGAGCUGUGUGAAAUAUUAUACAACAAGGCUGAAUACAUCGAGACGGCAUCAGGGAACAAAGUCAGCAGACAGUCGGUUCUUUGUGGCAGUCAAAACAUAGUUCUCAAUGGAAAAACCAUCGUGAUGAAUGACUGUAUCAUCAGAGGAGAUCUCGCUAAUGUCAGAGUCGGACGCCACUGUGUCAUUAAAAGUCGCAGUGUGAUCAGACCUCCGUUCAAGAAAUUCAGCAAAGGCGUGGCUUUCUUCCCCUUGCACAUUGGGGAUCAUGUGUUCAUCGAGGAGGACUGUGUGGUCAACGCUGCACAGAUAGGAUCAUAUGUCCACAUUGGCAAGAACUGUGUUAUUGGUCGGCGCUGUGUUUUGAAGGACUGCUGUAAGAUUCUGGAUAAUACUGUCCUUCCUCCAGAGACAGUGGUUCCUCCAUUUACAGUAUUCUCUGGCUGUCCAGGUCUAUUUUCAGGAGAGCUCCCUGAAUGUACACAGGAACUGAUGAUAGACGUUACCAAGAGCUACUACCAGAAAUUCCUCCCUCUCAGCCAGAUCUAGGACUGACCUUUAGUUUGGGUCUUGCUCACUUUCAUUCUGGGACCAAAGGAACUGAUGUGGACUAAUAUUCCCCAAUCAUCUUUAGCUCUAAGUAGGGGUACAUUUUAAAUAUCGGCCGAUAAUUAAUGUGCAUCUCGUCAGUAAAGUGAGUUCUGUAAUCAGCGGUAAAUUCCAUCAGGUGCGCGAUUUCACAUAGAGCAGCUGUUACUACACAGAGCCGUUGUUAAAUGACAAGCUGCACAGCUUAAUUAUCGGCCAAUAUUUAUUGUGCACACCUAGCUCUAAGCUACAGCAGUAAAUAUCGAACAACAAAUACAUACCACUAUCAGUGUGUUCAAAAUUGUAUCCACUUGCAGUAAAAAUCCAAUGUUAAUAUAGAAAAUUAAAUUAUAAAAUAUGUGACUUGUACACGGAACAGUUUUUUUUUUUUUUUUUUUUCAGUAUUUUUAGUUUUCUGUUAAUGUUUCAUAUAAUGUCAGUGGAUAUUGCAGUCCUAUUGGCAUGGCUGAGAAAAAUAGCAACACAGUGAUUAGCUGUUAGACUGAAGGGCCUUUAUUUAUUAAACUUUAACAUUUCUGCAACACUAAACAUUUUCUCUUUGUAUAAACAGAGUACAGAUGGUAAUAAUUAAAUGCUUUUUUUGUUUUAAAAAAAAAACUGUCUAUAUUGAAUGUUUUUUUGGGGGGGCUUUAACCUAACAGCAUGCUCCUUUUGUAAGGUGCAGUCACAUUAGUGAAAUUUUGGUGGGCAAAAAAGGAUGACUAUUGUUAAUAGUGAAGCAACGUAUGAAGCACAGCUCACACAAAGAUCACAUUCAAAUCAAGCAGCUUUCUGAAGAACACAGAGAGUCCAUAAAAGCAACGGCACAAAAUUGUUCAGUAACGUUUGCAAGAUUCGGUGGGUGAUUCAGAUUUCUCUUGGCACAGUGAUUAGAAGACUUACAAUUGUCAGACAGGUUGCUCACUUCACAUCUAACGUUAUGUCAUCAAGCUCAGUUUGAGUCUGCCAAGUAAGCUCGACCCCCAAGUGCGUGUUUCUAAUCUCUAGGCUUCUAAUGACUUCACUUGUCUCCGUUGAAUCCAAUGGGGUCGCUGUGUCCAUUUCUUUUACUAUGGCUUUUGUAAGAUCCCAUGAGUAACUGGCAGACAGAGUAAGUUUCAAAAUAAAAGCCUCAGUAGUUCAA